CCUCUCUCUCUCUCUCCUCUUCUCCCUCCCUCCCGUGAGUGAGUGAGCUGGAGCCAAGCUAGCCGAGCGAGUGAUGGCAUGGGGAGCUUGCACUGCUGUGGCAGCUGCUCUCCUGCUGCUCCUCCUCCUCGCCGCCGCCGCAGCAGGUGGUAAUGGCGGCGUGCAUUGCCUUGACCUUGACCUUGAGGAGGGGAGGCGGCACCACCUGAGCAGGAGAGCCUUGCAAGGGAGGCAGAGGCGGCACCACCUGAGGUCGAGGGCGGUGGGUGGCGCCACGGUGCUCGAGCUGAGGCACCACAGCUUCAGCCCUGCGCCGGCCAACAGCAGGGAGGAGGAGGCGGACGCUCUCCUGUCCACCGACGCCGCGCGCGUCUCGUCGCUGCAAGGGCGCAUAGAGCACUACCGGCUGACGACGACCAGCUCGUCGGCCGAGGUGGCGGUGACGGCGUCCAAGGCGCAGGUGCCCGUCAGCUCGGGCGCGAGGCUCCGGACGCUGAACUACGUGGCCACCGUGGGGCUGGGCGGCGGCGAGGCGACGGUGAUCGUGGACACGGCCAGCGAGCUGACGUGGGUGCAGUGCGCGCCGUGCGAGUCGUGCCACGACCAGCAGGGCCCGCUGUUCGACCCGUCCUCGUCGCCGUCCUACGCCGCGGUGCCGUGCGACUCCCCCUCCUGCGACGCGCUGCAGCAGCAGCUGGCCACGGGCGCGGGCGCGGGCGCGCCGCCGUGCGACGCCGGGCGGCCGGCGGCCUGCAGCUACGCGCUCAGCUACCGCGACGGCUCCUACUCCCGCGGCGUGCUGGCGCACGACAGGCUGAGCCUGGCCGGGGAGGUCAUCGACGGCUUCGUGUUCGGGUGCGGCACCAGCAACCAGGGCCCGCCGUUCGGCGGCACGUCGGGCCUCAUGGGGCUCGGCCGCAGCCAGCUCUCGCUCGUGUCGCAGACCGUGGACCAGUUCGGCGGCGUGUUCUCCUACUGCCUCCCGCUCAGCAGGGAGUCCGACGCGUCGGGCUCGCUGGUGCUGGGCGACGACCCGUCGGCGUACCGCAACUCGACCCCGGUCGUGUACACCUCGAUGGUGUCCAACUCCGACCCGCUGCUCCAGGGGCCCUUCUACCUGGUGAACCUGACCGGGAUCACGGUCGGCGGCCAGGAGGUGGAGUCCACGGGCUUCUCGGCCAGGGCGAUCGUCGACUCGGGCACCGUGAUCACCAGCCUCGUGCCGUCGGUCUACAACGCCGUCAGGGCCGAGUUCAUGAGCCAGCUCGCGGAGUACCCGCAGGCGCCAGGGUUCUCCAUCCUCGACACCUGCUUCAACAUGACCGGGCUCAAGGAAGUCCAGGUGCCCAGCCUGACUCUCGUGUUCGACGGCGGCGCGGAGGUGGAGGUGGACUCCGGCGGCGUGCUCUACUUCGUCAGCAGCGACUCCUCACAGGUGUGCCUGGCCGUGGCCUCCCUGAAAUCCGAGGACGAGACCUCCAUCAUCGGCAACUACCAGCAGAAGAACCUGAGGGUCGUCUUCGACACCUCGGCGUCUCAGGUUGGUUUCGCGCAGGAGACGUGUGGUUAUAUUUGACUUUGACUCGGAUUGGGAUUGGGAUUGGGAUGCAGCGGGCGGCCAUGGGCUCUAUAUAUGUGAAUACCUUUAUACUUACUUGCAGAUUUGUUUCGAGAUU